GUUUCUUAGAGUAUAGAUGCAUUGGCUGGCAAUGGUACACUGGAUAUGUGCAAGGAUGACAACGGAAACAACAUGCUCAAUCUCAAUGAAGAGAUAAAAAAGAGGGUGGAAGAGAUUAGGGCUCUACUAUCCAGUGGAAAUGUUCAGCGCACAGGAUGUCAGAAAUACAAGACUAGCCAUGUCAACCGUAUGAUUGUGAGCCCAGUGGCAGAAUGGUUGAAAGGCAAACUAAUGAAUAUAAUGCAGAAGGGAUAUGUAAAGAGGGAGGAUAAAAGACUUCAAACUGCCCAGAUAAAUGCAGCCCUCUCGGUUGCAAAGCUGUCUACAGUAGUUGCAGGAACUAUUGGAAAUUUCACCUUUGGGUCAAAUAAUUUGAGUGGCAUUGCCAUGACUGAGAGGAGAGAAGACACUGACAUGAAGAUGCAUGCCGCAAUCAUGUCAGCUGCAGCGCUGGUGGCAGCGUCAUGUGCUGAGGUGGCGAAAUCUGCCGGAGCUACCAGGGAGCAGGUUUCAUCAGUCAUUAAUAUGGGAAUGGAGACUAGGGCACUGGGAGAUUUGCUCACACUAACUACUAGUGCGGCAGCUUGUCUAAGAGGGGUUGAGGGUCUUAAGAUGCGGAUAAGCAACUGUUCCUUGGAAGGCCGCAUGAACAACCAGAAAGAUGCCACACUAUUUGUUCGUACACCCAAGGGAAGGUUCCAUAAGAGGAUUGUUUCCGUGCACUGCAAGUAUGACAAUAUAAUACUAACAUUAGGCAAGAAGGGUCAUUUCAAAAGCUCUGAAAAAUAUGUAAUUUUCCACGAACAAGGGGAGGGAGAAGAAUUCAGGUAUCCUACAGAUAAACAAAGCUAUUGUGCAAUGAAUCUCUCUACAUCUGGUGGAACCAUUCAGUUACUAUUUGAAGACAAUGAACAAUACAACUCCUGGAGAGCAUUCAUCAGCUACCACAUGAACCAGGGACGGAUGCUAUCUUACUGAGUGCCUAGUUCCAACUUCCUAGCAACACCAACUACAUGUAUUUAUUAUUUUAUUGUACUCUCUAAGUUUGAAACCUAUCAGUAACAAAUAUAGCGAAAUAAAAACUUACAGUUAUCUCACUAAUGUAAUCAAGGACGAUGAUUUGUCUCAAGGUAUAUUUUCUUAA